UCAACAUCAUUGGCAAUGAUGGCGGAUGCUACUCAAGCAUUUUGAGUUAUCGUUUGUGACGAAGCCUCAAACAACCGUUAAACCCAACACUUAGUCCAAAAGCAAUAAACUCAAUUGAUUACAAUUUAUAGAGCUCCAAAUCAACACGUCUUGAUAAAUCGAUUACCAUGAUAUGUACUAUUUAUGAGCUCACUAAUCAGGUCUGCGAGGCACACAUUUUCGAUUGGUUGAUCGGAGUAAGGUUGAAAAACGUUUAACAAGUGCGUGUCCAGAUAGUUAUUUACAUAUUUCUUUAAUAGCAAAAGAGAUAUUUUAAAGAAAUAAUGACGGUCUUCCUUGCCUUUGUACUGCUUGCAAUAACCACAUCUGGCUUAUCUGCACCAUUGAGUCAAUAUAUAGAGGAAGAUCCCGAACUGAUAGCCGGCUAUUUUCAAGGGGAUAUUGUAUUAGCUCCUUCACAACGAAAUGGAGUACGUAACGAAACUCUACGCUGGCCAAAUAAUACCGUAUACUACAAGAUCAACGAUGGGUUUUUCGAUGAGGAGCAUAGGAAUCAUAUCCUACGAGGCAUUGAAAUCUUAGAAAGCCUUUCGUGUAUACGCUUUCAAGAAGCCACAGCAGAGCAGACAUAUUACGUCAACAUCACUGGCAAUGAUGGCGGUUGCUACUCAAGCAUUGGUUGGUUGAAUGGCAUUCAAUAUUAUAAUCUUCAACAUUAUCCUCUUGAUACGGGCUGCUUCCGUCUCGGCACAAUUGUACAUGAAUUCCUGCAUACACUUGGCUUCUUUCACAUGCAGAGCGCUGCAAAUCGUGAUGAAUACGUACGUAUCGAUUUCGACAACAUACAAGAGGGUAUGGAGUUUAACUUCGAGAAAUAUGACGAGGACUAUAUAGAUGAUUACGAGGAGGAAUACGACUAUGGAAGUAUAUUACACUAUCACGAAUAUGCAUUCUCAGUGAAUGGCGAAAAAACUAUUAUACCAUUGAAAGACGAAGGGGCUGUAAUAGGUCAACGACGGGGCAUGAGCAACAGUGAUAUCAAUAAAUUGAAUACAAUGUAUCGCUGUCCAAUAAAGGUUUAGUGAGAAACGUUCUUUGAAUGAUUAAAAAGGUGUUAUUUGUAAUUGGCCAAAGUGCAAUG